AUGGAAAAAGGACACCUUGGACCCGAGUCGGCACCUCCCUACCCCGGCCCAUCCACGAACUACGGGGGUGCAGUGCCCCAGCCUGGGUUGUACCCGUCCCCUAAUGCAGGACCCCCAAAUGUCGCUUACCAAGCAGGUCUCACAAGCGCUCCAGAGAGUGUGACUCAGGUGGUGGUCAUGCCGUCGCUGCAAGAUAGCCCAGGAAGAGCUCAGUGUCCCCACUGCCGGCAGACCGUGGUCACCCAGACGGAACACAAAGCAGGCCUGAUGACUUGGGCCAUCUGUGGAGGACUCACCCUCUUCGGGUGUUUUCUCUGCUGCUGCAUACCAUUCUGUGUGGGCUCCUGCCAGGAUGUGGAGCACCGCUGUCCAAACUGCCGUAAAACCGUCCAUGUCUACAAGCGAUGCUAAUGGUCCAGUUUUAAGCAGUGACUUUUUCCGCUACCAAUUCUGUCAAGACCGUGUAAAUGCUUCAUCAAUUAGUCAGUAGUGAUUAAGUGCUCAGAUGCAAACCAAUUUUUGUUUGCAAUGUUAAAUGCAAAAACGACACGUCUGAAAAGCUCGCUCGCAAAUAUUGUUCCACACAUAUUCAACUGACUGUACGUUGCAGAAAUACAUUAAAAAACAUCAUUUGC